CAUAUGUACUAACUGUGGGAAACGAGUUUUUAAUCAAGAAAUUCGAUCAGAGGCUAUUCAUGUGGAUUCGAAAAUAUUUUCAAUCUGUUUAUGAUAUGUCGAAUUCAUUGAACCACUUUUUUGCAUGGUCCAAUGUCAUCGUCAUUUUAUUAUCACUUCAAUUUCUUGCAACCGAAUUUAUAUGGAUUUAUUGGAAAAUCUAUAAUAAACAUCAUAUUCAAUCAUUCCUAUAUUUUGUCUGGCUGGCGCUUUUAUCAAUAUUGGCUUUAGACUCAUUUCGAGCAACAGUUAAGUGUAAAGUAGAGAUCGAACGCAUUCGAUUUAAUCUAAAUUCGAUUCAUUUUCAAUUAGAUGAUCAAGUAACUGCUCUAGAGGUUGAAACAACAUUAAUGCAAAUUAAACAAAACCCCAUUAUUUUCCAUGCUAAUGGAUUAUUUAACGUCGACAUCAAGGAAUUGCUACAAAUAAUUAGGGGAAUAUUAUCUUAUAUGAUUUUCUUUAUUCAAUUUUCACCAAAAUAUCGGCUUUGUUAUCACGAAGGAAGCUGCAAGAAUUUGGUGCAUUUAAGCUAUUAA